AUGACGUCCAGAACUGUCUUUGUAGGUGAUAUUCCACUUUCUAAUUUGAACGAUGAGUUUGCUAGACCUAUUAUUUCUAGUCAAGUGCCUGCUCUUCCAGUCCAUGUUUUGUCAAAAAAAUACUCAACAACAGAUUCUGAUGCAAUAUAUGUAAACGAAAACAUUGAACGGACAGGGACGAUUUUUUCUUUUGAAGAGUGGAAUAAUGCUGUGAGAUUCCUUCUACAGCUUGAGCGGAAAGACCGCCGUAGAAUUAAACAGAGAGUCUUGGAAUGGCGGUAUGAGGUUCGUCUUGCUUUGCUAAGUUCCCAAAUGCGAAGUAUCCGUCGCUCUUUUGCAUUAACACAUUUCGCUUCCAAGAGUGGACUACAGGAAUCCAAGAUUCAAUGCCCUGUUUCAAAAGUUUCUGAGUCGUGCCGUUUUACCGUUAAUGAUGAAGAUUCUACCGAGUCCCUGGAGGAUAGCUUCGGCAAUAUCGUAAUAAACGAUAAUUGGCAGCAUUCCAUCAUCGCGACAAAGUCGUUAACUAAGAUUCACGAACGCACGGGCAUCAUAGAUGGAGCGUCUUUCCGCGCGACUGAUCCUUGUAUCAGCCCCCGCAAGGAGACACCGCUAUGUGUUGAACUACCUCUCACAGGAGGAUCUCACGAAGCGCACGAUGAUGAGUUUUUGAACCCGAUACAUAUUGUACCGAUGCCUACACCAAUAGGCAAGGUGCACCGUCGAAUUAGCUCAGUAGGGCCUCUCCUUCAGGUAGCCAAGAACCUUCUACCUCUGUGUAAGGAGCCCGAGGCGUUUGAUUCCGAAGAUCCCGAAACAGUUGGCUUGGUAUCGCGUUCGAUGCAUAAUGCGGGACCUAUCGAAGAGGGGAGAAUUCCUUUACAUCACACCCCCGUAGAUGACAUCAGCAGUGAUACUGCCACAACUUCGAUAACAGAGGUGAGACAGUCUAGUGAAAAUCUUUCGUUUGAGAGUAGUGCAGACGAGAUCAAACUUUCCACCGACAUAUUGCACAAAAAUUACGUUGAUCAUUCUUGGACAAAGGAGAUCCAUGGCCCACACCCAUCAGACUCAAAUAAGUCACGGAAUAGGAUUUUUUCUGGCGUUACAAAUCACAGCGAAAUGUCCCUUACGAAGACUGUGCAGUUCAAAAAUUCAAAUUUUCAAAAUACAGCAGUUCACCCCCCUCCACGGUCAUCCCCCAGCAAAUCUUCUGCUAGAUGUGCAUUCAGAACAGCUGUCACCAAGACUGGCGAAAUGGACGACGAUGGUGGCGGUAAUACUUUUGGGACUACUCGGGAGCAGCUGCGGAUGCCACCGCCUCCACUAGCAUGGAACAUUUGCUUUACGGAGCGUACGUCAUUACCACCACAUGAACGCUCCGACAGGCUCCGAGAGAGGCUCUUAACGCGUGAAACACGGAUAAAUCACUUCAAAGGCGCUAAUAAAACACAUAUAUCAAGCAAUCUACCUUCAUCUUCGGUACCAUUACAAACAGAAACUCUUGAUGCUACACAAUACCAGAACAGAACGGUAAGGAAUGCUCAAAAUGCCUUCAAGAAGGGCCAUGCUUAUUAUAAAGAACUUCAAAAAAGGUUUAAAGCUCAUAAGACAAUGUCUACUGGCCCUGCACCAUACACUAAGACGUUAAAGAAAACACAAGUUAAACCAAUGCCAAAAGAGUAUGAAGGGGCUGUGGUGUCGCCGUUGAAAACGCGUCAACAUAUACCUCUGAAAGUACCAAAGUCAUUGGACAGGCUUACCGAUAAAAUGAAGAUGCAUAUCUGCCGUCUUCCAUCUCCACAGGAUGCCAAACCUGAAUCUCGUUCGAAACUCACAGUUGACCCGUCAUCCGUGGGAAGUUAUGUGGAUUUGUUCCGGAAAAAAUGCGAACACGAAGCCUCCAAAGCCGCGUUAUUUCAUCCUUCCACCGAGGUUGGGGGGGCAUAUGCUAAAAUCGCCAUCCCACCACAGUCUAGAUCAUUAUCACGUCCUCGAGAAGGAGGUACGAUGAUUCCUUUCCGUAAAGAACGCGUUGAAACGAUGCAUGAACCACAACACGGGGCUUCUACUGCAUUCACCGAACAGCUUCAACAACUUCGCCUGAAGAAUCUGAGGCGAAAGAGCAAAAUAUGCGCUGCGGCCGCUUUAUCAUCGGUCGAACUGCAUGUAUCGGAAUCUCUCAAAUCAACACAGCCGCCAACACCAUCUACCGUCGCCUCUCCGAAUUUCGUACAAAAGACCACAGUUCUUGGGUCCAGUGCGCAAUACUACGAAGACCGGUUGCCGCGAACAAAGAAAGGAAACAAAAAGGUCUCUGGGAAAGAAAUCAAAACUAGGGACCUGGGAACCCCAUCAGUGGACCUUCCGGACGCGAUUGGUAGCCUCCGGCUGAUUGAUUUGGUGACUGCCUUCACCCAAAGGCCCGCGGAUAGACCUCUGGGGACUGGGAUGGAUCGUGAGGAUGUGGACAAGAGAGAUGAAGUUUUAUUGGAAUCCGCAUCGAUAACGCGAGCGGCUUUACCUGGCAGCCCAGACGGGGUUCCUCACAUCGAUAGCCCUGGAACGACUAUUGCGGAUGAAGAACAAUUGCAGGGUAUUUCUGAAAUCCCACCGUCAUUAACUAACUCCCCAAUGAAGCCCCACUUCAGGUCUGUGCCCUUCAAAACCAACGCCAAGCGUGGGAUAGAGGUGGGGAAGGGCUCGAGUUGCCGUGAUUGCGGGGACAUCUCGCACGACAGGGUGAGCCACGGCAAUGAAAUCUUUCCACCUGUGCAGGAUGAAAAGGGAGUGCCCGCGACGUCGGAGGUGAGUUCUGUGGGCUCCAUGCCCAAGAUCCCCAAGGGGGCUCGUUCUUCACUGCGUGCAGAUGAUAGGAAAGGCUCACCCACAACCCUGGCGAAGGCCCCCAUGCCUAUAGCCACGGCAGUGGGACCUUUGGAUACUAUUGAAAGCCAGAGCAACAGCUCAAAGGCUGUGGGGGAAGUGAAAUACCGCAAAGGAGAUGAACAACCUAAACCAGCCAUCUCAAAAGUGAGACCUCAGGGAUAUCGAAGGCCGGGAGGACGUCAAAUAGACGAAAAUAAGGAUCCUGUCAACGCAUCCCACACCGCAUCUCCGGUAGAAGUAUCUUACAGGUCUGCGCGAUUGCGCCAUCGCCGUCCCGGCGCACUCCCACACUACCGACACGAAACAGUAUCGUCCCUGAUAUCGGCCGACUGGAAGUAUCAACGGAUUUAUGUGGAUCGCUACCUGUUCCCGCUCAAAGAUUCCCCGCACAACGAAUCGUAG